CGCGGGAUACGUGAAUGAACGCAGCAGCGCGCGUUCGUGUUACGUCCAGACCGCCUAGUUUCGCCUUUUUAGUGUCUUUUUCACGUAAUUUACCCGGUGCAUUUACAAACCUGUGCAAAAAUGCCCGCUUUAGACACGAUAGACGCAUCUGCUGUUUCCCCGUCAAAGAGAACGAGGCUGGAGGAGACAUCUGCAGACAGACCCGUCCUGAGGUUCGCCAAACUGUCCGAGCACGCGACCCCCCCGACCCGAGGAUCCGCCAGAGCUGCAGGAUACGACCUCUACAGCGCGUACGAUUAUGUUGUUGGACCCAUGGAUAAGGCCAUUGUGAAAACAGACAUCCAGAUAGCAGUUCCACCUGGUCACUACGGGAGAGUGGCUCCCAGGUCUGGGCUCGCGGCGAAGCACUUCAUCGACGUUGGAGCCGGAGUCGUGGACGAGGACUACAGAGGAAACGUGGGAGUCGUCCUCUUCAACUUCAACAAGGAGCCAUUUGAAGUGAAAAAAGGCGACAGAGUGGCUCAGCUCGUCUGUGAGAAAAUCUGUUACCCCGAUUUAGAAGAACUGGAGACUCUUGAUGAGACGGAGCGAGGAGCUGGAGGUUUUGGAUCCACUGGACGAAACUGAACUCGUUUAGAAAUAAAAAUAUAUUUGUUUUAAUAAAAUAAAGGUCACAUUUGUAUUU